UUUCAGCCCGCAAUACUGUACAUGGGCCACCACCAAAAAAAAGCGCCCUGAGCCUUUCUGAAUCCUCCGCAAACUACCUAACGCCAUUACGCGGCCUACCAUUCCAUUUCCGUACCUGGCCGUCCCUCCAUUGAUCGAGGCGGGACAAUAAAAAAAGGGCAAACGCGCAUAGGUUCUAGGACGACUUCGACCAGCACCAUGCCGGGCAAGACGUACAUCGUCGAGCACCUCGACCCGGAGCUGGGCCCGUGGUCCGAACUCGAGUACAUCGCCAUCGCCAAAGAAACCCACGCCGCCGCCGGCACUUUCCUGCUGUCCUCGCUGCCCGCCGGCUUCGUCGCCCCGGACAAGCUGAAGCAGGUGCCGGCCUUCAAGGCCGAGAGCCGGGGCGUCGAGGAGCUCUACGCCCACGACAAGUCCCGCGUGUGCCUCCUCGACCCAGCCGCUGCCAGCGACCUGAGCCCCGAGGACGGUGAAAAAUUCGACGCCUUUCUCUUUGGCGGCAUCCUGGGCGAUGACCCCCCUCGCGACCGCACCUCGGAGCUGAGGAAGAAGGGCUUCGAAGGCAGACGUUUGGGUCCCACGCAGAUGACGACCGACACUGCCGUCCGCGUCACCAGAAUCGUCGUCGAGGAGAAGACACCCCUGGACAAGAUCCCUUAUGUCACCUACCCCGAGCUGAAGUUCAGCGAGCAUGAGAGCACCGAGAUGCCCUUCAAGUACGUCACCGACAAGGACGGCCAGCCCAUCAUGCCCGAGGGGAUGGUCGACCUCAUCAAGAAGGACGCCGACAAGGCGAUUGACGACCUCUUUUAAUCGAUACCAAUUCCAAAUGAACAUGAAAAAGUUGUGAUGCACCACGGCUGAUGUACGACUCCAUGAAACCCCGUGACCACCGCUUUGCCGGACGCCGACCGUCGUUGACCCCGCACUGGAGAUCAGUCACUACUAGACUGAGUGAGAGAGGGAUGCGAGGCUUCAUGCUCUCUGGUUGGCUUGCCUCUCGUAUCUAGACGUCCGCCCACCUGCUCGCUCUCCAACUGUCUGUCAUUUUAUCAUCGAAGAAGAGCUGCAAGGUCAGUUUGCAGUUUCUCUCUCAUCGCAUAUAUGCCCUCGACUCGCCGACGCAGUUUGGCCGGUAAAGUUUGUUUGCCGCCAUCCGUUCAUCUUUUUCAACGGAAAAGCUCCGCUUCAUCCUUAUCAACUCGACUUUCCCUUCUCGGCUUCCAGAUCACCCGGGGCUUGAGGCUGUAUCCCUGCUCAUCAUAGCCAUCGCUCCCACCCCGCGAUAGCAA